CGUAAGCAGCGGGGGAAACAGCCUGCGAUUGCCCAGGAGCGCCCGGCACCUUUCCGGAAGUGAAAAGAAACCAGGCCGGCAGUGCGCAUGCGACACUGGAGUCCGACUUGUGACUGAGCGGUCCGUGCUCAGCGGUGUUUCGAGUCGCCCAGAGAGGUCGAGGAAUUAAGAUUGGCCUAGCAAUGAGACUCACCUCACCAAGAAAUAUCAUCAAAGGAAUUAUCAUUGUUGAAGGUUUUGGACUUUGGGCAGCAUAUCUAUUGUAUUUCAAUAUGGACAAAAGUCAAGAUUUUAGGGAGAAAAUGAAGAGACGAUUCCCAUUUAUUCUGGAAGUUUAUUACAAAAGUAACGAGUGGGCUGGUAUAUAUGGCAAAAGGGAGGAAGAUAAAGAGAUGUGGUUACAAACAAAAAAAUACAACUUUUCCCCUUGCAAGAACACUUUUACAAUUGAAAAUAGUAAUGGAACCACCAAGAAGGAAUCCGUCAUAUAAGAGGUAGAAUUCUAGAUACAUGAAAAGGAUCAUUUAAAAAAACAUUUGUUACCU